AUGUACAGUAAGAUCAAGAUAACUUUUUUAGAUGAAGACGGUUUCAUUGGUACUACAAGUAUACUUGUACAGUUUUCAAAUAGUACUGAUAGACUAGUACUAGAUGCACAAGAUUUACGUGUAACUACAGUAACUAUAAAUGAUAAGUAUGAAGAAGACUGGACGUUGAACAAGAAAAAAUUGACUAUUAUUGAAGAUUUGAAACCUACUGUAGUAUAUAAUAUAUCUAUUGAGUACCAUGGCACCAUUAAUAGUCACAAAUUGGGUGGAUUAUAUAAGAGUUUGUACAAGAAGAACACAAAGUAAGUGACACCCUACCCUACCCUACCCUACCCUACCCUACCCUACCCUACCCUACCCUACCCUACCCUACCCUACCCUACCUUGCCUUGCCCUACCCUAUCUUACUUUACCCUAUUCUGCGCUAUCGUACCCUACCGUACUCUAUCGUAAUAUACGCUCCCGUGUCCUAUUUUACCUUUUUCUACCUCAUUUUAUCCGAAACUAUCUUACUUGGUCCUGCCUUACUUUCUCCUACCCUGUUCUACGCGUCUUUACCUUGCGCUAGCUACCUUAUAUUACUCUUCCUUACCCUGCUGUGCUCUACUGUAACACUAUGAAGUACAAUAGUUGUAAUAAAUGUUUCAAUUUAGAGCUUUACUAGUCACACACUUAGAGCCAGAUAAGGCUCGUAUGUUGUUUCCCUGUAUAGACGAUCCUACAGUUAAAUCAAAGUUCAUCGUAUCAUUGACUGUUCCCCAAGGGCUUACUGUAUUUGGUAAUAGUCGUAUUGCAAAAACCGACAUUGUAAAGUAAGUAUGGAGCAUUAUAUACCUUUUUUUCAAUCGUUUAUGUAUACUUAUGUUGAUGUACCUAACAAGGGAAGGCCACAACCUCACAGACUGGUUUCUUAAUGAAACAUUUAUCGUUUGAAAGAGCGCAAAAAGUUAUCUUAAAAACCGUUUUCAAUUUUUGCUAAACGGUAUUACAAACAAAGUUACAGGCGAUUUAAUUUUACUAUAUGUUUAUUGCGUUUAUUGCGAUUGUAAGCUAUAUAUUUGAGUAUUUCAGCAAAACGUUAAAAAAAGUCAUUUUUGCCAAUUCGCCGUUCAUGUCAACAUUCUUAGUAGCCUUCGUUGUUGGCGAUUUCCGAACAGAAUCUAUCAAGUACAAAGACCGUAUUAAUGUCACAGUAGCUACAAUAGCUGGCAACAAAGAAAAUUUGAGUACAGUAAUAAAAUAUGCUGUAGAUUGCCUAGAGUACAUGGAAGAUUACACUGGAUUUAAAUACCCCGGCCGAAAAUUAGGUAAGUUUUGCCUAGCCUUAGCUCUGCAAUAGCCCUACUCUUGCCUUGCCUUGCCUUGCCUUGCCUUGCCUUGCCUUGCCUUGCCUUGCCUUGUCUUGCCUUGCCUUGCCUUGCCUUGCCUUUCCUUGCCUUGCCUUGCCUUGCCUUGCCUUUCCUUGCCUUGCCUUGCCUUGGCCUCGAGAACCCUAGUCCCAAAGUCAUAGUAGUUUCAAAGCCCUAGCCUUAACUCUAGUCCUAACAUUAGUUCUACCCUUAGCCUUGUGCCCUAAGCCUUGAUUGAACGUUUGAGCUUUACUUAACUCAUUUAGCCCUGUAGUAUAUCAUGCAUGCCGUACCUUUACUUGCAUUAACCUUAGUGUUAGUCUUAGCCUUAAGAUCAGCCUUAGGAUUACCUUUUGUUUUAUACUACCCUUGCUGUAACUCUACUAUAGUUCGAAAGUAACACUGUUACAUGCUCGAAGGUGCUUCGACGUAUUUUACACUUAAAAUUGCAUUUUCAGACCACGUUGAUGUUCUAAAACUUCCCACGCUAGCCAUGCAAAACUUUGGCUUAAUUACCUACGCCAAUUCGUUUAGCCAAACCUCUAGCCUAACAUUAGCUGAAGAAUUAGAGCAACGUCGACUGAUAUGCCACGAAACAGCCCACCAGUGGUUUAGUAACAUAAUCACCACUGCCGAUUGGGGGCAGAUCUUUUUGCACGAAGGGUUUGCAACUUUUUUUGAAAAUGCACUUUUCAAAAAUAUGACAAAUGAAGACAAACUGGCUGUGGAGAGUAAGAGAGUACAAGAGUUCCAUGAUGGUAUAUUGGAGAAGGUGCAUAACGGUCAUAGUAUUGUGGUAGACAAGUUUGUUUCUGAUGGUAAGGAACAAUUGUCAUUUUAAUUUUAUUUGUUAAUAUUUGACAGAAAAAUAUAUGCGCAGCUUGUAAACUUUGGCUUUAAAUUUCCUAAGCCUAAGCCUACUAAGCCUAAGCCUACUAAGACUAAGCCUACUAAGCCUAAGCCUACUAAGCCUAAGCCUACUUAGCCUAAGCCUACUAAGCCUAAGCCUACUAAGCCUAAGCCUACUAAGCCUAAGCCUACUUAGCCUAAGCCUACCAAGCCUAAGCCUACUAAGUCUAAGCUUGCUAAGCAUAAGUAUACUGUAUAAAUACUGUAAUUCUUUUAUUUUUCAGAAACAGUAUAUCUAAGUGCCGGGUCAGUGAUAAAAAUGAUUGAAAAUGUAAUUGGAAGCCAAACAUUACGAAAAACUCUACAACUUUUGGUUAAACAACAUGCUUAUUCUAACUUUAACUAUAUUGACUUGCUAAAUGCUUUUAAGAAAGUAAGUUUUUAACCGUAUUUUACAAACUUUGCUUUAUAGAAAAUUUGAAAAAAUUUAAAUAUUAAGUACAAAAGUUGGAUUCCGCUUGAAGGCAUACUUACUAAAACUGUCGUAACUUUUUUACUAACGACACGGUAUUGCCAAAACUUAGAUUUAUUAUACUAUUUUGAACGUUCUACCAAACGCAUUAUAGUUUUUUUUUAAAUUACAGUAUGAUAGAGUUACUGUAAAUGUUAAGCAAAAACAAGUUUUUUUUAGACAAAUGACAGAAAUUUAUGUGGAAACACUGUAACUUUAAGAACCUUUAUUCAACCGUAUCUACUCCAAAAAGAAGUUCCUGUAAUUCGUGUUACCAACACUUCAACGUCUUACGUUUUAACACAACAUGGUAAUACUAGGUUUGAUAUACCACUGUUUGUGUCUGAUGGUACUCAAAGCCAAGUACUUUGGCUUACUAAAGGUGAGUAACUUUAUACCCUACCCUACCCUUCCCUACCCUACCCUACCCUAUCCUACCCUACCCUACCCUUCCCUACCCUACCCUACCCUACCCUACCCUACCCUACCCUACCCUAUCCUACCCUACCCUAACCUACCCUACCCUACCCUACCCUACCCUACCCUACCCCUACCCUACCCUACUCUACCCUACUCUACCCUACCCUACCCUACCGUACCCUACCCUACCCUACCCUACCCUACCCUACUCUACCCUACCCUACCCUUCUCUACCCUACCCUACCCUACCCUACCCUACCCCACCCUACCCUACCCUACCCUACCCUAACUUACCCUACCUUACACUACCUUGCUCUAUCCUAUCUUACCUAUACCUUUACUAUACUCGACCCGCGCCUGAGCUACGUCUACCUUUACCAUUCAUCUAGUAUUUCCUACAGUACCUACUUUCUCUGCCUCUACUGUUACUCUUGCUUUUAUUCCUACCCUGCGAUAUCUUACCCAUGCCCCUACUGAGUACUAAUACUCCUACUAUCAUCUCUACUUUGCUCUGACCUAUUCUUCCUUAAACUCUCAUUUUCUAAUUUACCCUAGAUUACCUGCCUUACCUUAUUUUUUUAUAUUCUACCCUACAGUAUAUCUUUCUCUACCUAUUCCAGAAAACCAAAUAUGUGGCAACACGGCCAUCUUAAACACCAACAAAACCUUGGUGUUCAACUACCAAUAUCAAUCAUUUGUAAAACUACAGUACGAUGAUGAUAUAUACUGGCGAUAUGACAAAUCAAUAAGUAGGAUUGAUGACUUUACAGUGUAUAAUAUACUCAGUAAUACGAAAGAUUACUUGACUACUAAAAAGUUUAUGAACAUAGCUAUAGCUGCGUUACGGAGUCGAAGAUCAGGCCUGGUUUGGAAGGUUGUUAUUGACUAUGUUUAUGAACAUGACUUGGGGGUGUCUAAGGUAAAAUUUUUAAAAAACUUUUAAAUUUUCGAAAUUUUUUUAAAUUUUUAAAUUUUGAAAAAAAAUUUUUAAAUUUUAAAAUUUUUUCAAUUUUCAUUAUUACAGGCCUUUCAAAAAGUACUGUUACAAGCUGAAAACUCACUAAUUUGGAACAACACAAACGAUCCUAUGUUAAGGUAAGUCUUUGUAACACAACUGUUCAUAACUUUUUUCAAAAAGCUAUGACUUUGAUACUGCUCAUCAUGGUAGACAAUAUCAACGUCCAUCUCAUGAACUUUUCAAAAUUUUAACUUAUGCAAUAAUUUUCAUUUUACAACAACUUUAGUUUAUAAAAACCCAUUUUUUCGUUGUUAUUAGGUGCCGACAUAAAGAACCCGCCAUACUUUGCCUGUAAUUUCCUGUAAAAAAUGGCGGGUCCUUUUGUCGGCACCUAAUACAAGUAAUAUUUAAACUAUUUUUGUAAUUUUUAUUUUCUAAAAUUGAUUUUUUAGGUAUUGAAAGACGAUUUUUUUUAUUUGUUACCUAAAUUUCAGAAGCCUCCAAGCAGAUUUGUCAUCAUUUUUGGUCGAUUUUGAGGUUGGAAAUGCGUUGAAAAGUGCUCAUAACCUGUAUAUUCAAAGGUUUUCAAAGUGUAAAAGCGACUUUUGGAGGUGUAAUAAGUAAGUUUUAAUGUUAAAUACGCAGAAAAAGCUUAAAAAUGUAAAUUUUUCAAAAUUUCACUGUUAAGUUUAAAAAAAAGUUUUUAUUUGGUUUUGUUUUGUAUACUUAAAAUUAUUUUCAGAAUACCAGUUGAACUUCGCUCUGCAGUUUACUGUGCUGCAGUUAAAAAUAAUGGCACUAAUGCUAAAUUUCUUCAAAAGUACCUACUGUAUCUCAAAAAAGAAUCAUUGGUACCAAAUGACUAUGAGUUUGAAGUGGCAGCGAUCAAUAAUGGGCUUCAGUGUGCUUAA